UGUGUGUGUGUGUGUGUGUGUGUGUGUGUGUGUGUGUGUGUGUGUGUGCGCGCGCGCUCCUCUGCUGUGUAUUGACUGUAUUUAGUAAUGGAGAGCUGUACUCAGGAACAAUAGUGUGCCGCAUCCACUGCUCACUGUGGAGCAGAAAUUAGAAGUUCAGAAAACUGCGAUCAAGCCCAUUCUCCUCAUCAUAAUUAUUAUUUUAGCCUGUUUUUCUAAGCUUGGAUUACAUUUAUAAGUGGGUCGAAGUCCUGCCAGACUCUUCCAAUCAGAAACGCCAAUUAAUUAAACACGAUGGUUAGACAGGCGUGGUUCACGCUCACAGUCCCUCUGAGUCCAGUUAAACCUUCGAGGAAGUGAAUUUUAUCACAUCUGGUUUUGUGAUGAAGAGCGUGUUGUGUUUCUCUGUCAGGCAGUGAAGCACAUAUCGUUUACACUUAAUGUAGCUGUGAGAGGAGAUGGUCUGACGCCGGUCAGGUGGACUGUGACUGUGAGGGGGAUCCAGCCUCUCCGCAGAUGAGCUGAGACAGCUCAGGUUGACACAAACGUGCAGCUCUUCAGUUAAAUGAAGGCAAGAUGCCACAGAACUCAGUGGGAGAUUCAUUAGAUACAUGCAAAAACUAAAGCAGUCCAAAUACUGCAACAUAUUAACUUUCUAUACAAUAAAACAUAUGUCUUUUUAAAGUAGACAGGCACUGGACUGUAGAAACAUUUAUAUGUGGUAUUAUUUGAGAUCUUUAUUUAAUAUCCAGAGCUAAAGUGAUGAUGUCAACUGACAUUUGAAAACACUUGUAUAAUAAAGAAAAACUCAACAUUUUUCAAGGAAAUAUAGUUAAUGUUUUAAUUUAUUUUGCAGUACAAAGCCAACACACAUUGAAUUAAUGAAUUAUAUGAAUCAAAAGCUUUUUUGUGGUUUAUUCCAGAUGAAAAACCUUUAAGUUAGUCUGGGCGACUUAAAGCACAGAGAACCACUCUGAUAAUAUUCGGCCUAUCCUUACUUACAUACUCUGUGUUUGAAAGGGGUGGGUAAAAUAUUAACAGUUCCAACAAAAACGGAGAAUAGCCCUUCAGUAACAAAGGCAAGGCAAGUUUAUUUGUAUUGCACAGUUCAGACACAAGGCAACUCAAAGUGCUUUACAGGGGCGUGAAAUUACAUUAAAAACAAGUAAGAAGGCAUUGUCAAACCAAACAUUAAAACAGGUGAAGAAAUAGGAGUUCUAAAAUAGAAAAGGUUUAAAAGAGACACAACUAAAGAAUAUAAGUCACAGUGCAGCUCAAAGCCUUGACAUGUCUUCAGUGAAAGGCUGUGGCAAACAGAAAGAUCUUCAGUCUUGAUUUAAAAGAGGUGAGAGUUGGAGCAGACCUGCAGUUUUCAGGGAGUUUGUUCCAGAUAUGUGGCUCAUAAUAACUGAACGCUGCUCCUCCAUGUUUAGCUCUGACUGAAAGCAGACCUGAACCUGACCACCUCAGAGGUCUGGAUGGUUCAGAACGUGGCAGCAGAUCACACAUGUAUUUUGACCCAAAACCAUUAGGUCCUUUAUAAACCAACAGCAGGAUGUUGAAAUCUGCUCUUUGACAGGCAGGAAGUGUAAAGAUCUGAUAACCAGAGUGAUGAGAUCUACUUGUUGGUUCUUCUUAGAACUUGAGCAGCAGUGUUCUGAAUCAGCUGCAGUCUGAUGGAGUUUUUAGAGAGUCCUGUAAAGACACUGUUAUAGUAGUCAAAUCUGCUGAGGGCAAACAUUAAGUGCUGUAUCUUAGGCAGCUAGAUUUGUUUCAUUUCCUUGUUCCUAGAAUUACUAUGACCUGGAUGACUGAGAACCUUCAUCAACAACCAUCCUGUUUACAUGCAGGGCUGGUGCUGCAUUUCUCUGAACUUGUGGCUGGUUUUCAAGCUAAUAACCUAAUGUGAUCUAAAUGGAAUGUGGAAUCCUCCCUUGAACUCUAAGUUUCUGUUUUGGAUUGAAAUGGGAAGAGACAAAGCUACUCUCCUCAGUAAAACUGUGGACAUCACUUGUAAUUUUGUGGAGGCUUCUGUCUCUACUCUUCUGAACUUUGGGCCCAGUAGUGCUUGGUGAUGACACCAUCCCACCUAAAGUUCUAACAACACCAGUGAGGAAGAUGUCAGUGUGGCUCAAGUGUGAGAAUUGUCGGCCAGAGCCCACAACAACACAGGCAGGCCAGUGCUCAGAGUUUGGCACAUACAGCUACAGCACAUUACAGUCACAUUUUAUAUAUCAUGAUGAUGUAGUGAAUAUGUUUCAAACCUUUAUCACCUUACUUGUGGCGUAAAUAAAUCUAAAUGGGAUAAAUAUGUUCAUAACAGAAGGUGAUACAGAUCAAGUGCAGUGUUGUCUCCUUCCAGUGUAAGUCACUAUGUCACCCAUGUGCUGAGAAUGAUGGUUAGCAGGUUAGACAUGUCACAGAGCUCACCACUUAAUGAGGUGCGCUUCUGGCUUCACUACAUUCUACAUGUUGUCUGGUAAAAACGUUUGUCCUACUACUGCUAAAUGUAGCUACCGUGCGAAUAUCAGAGGAGAUGCCACCGGCCUUGGCAGCAUAUUCAACGUGUCGUAUACUUUCACUUUCACGUUAGAAACAUGUUUCUUCUUGGAAAGAAAAGAUUAUCUUGAUCCUUUUUGAGUCAGCAGUGAGAGAGUAGCUUUCGGGCUGGGUGAGAUGAUCCAGAGUAAUGAAAGCCUGAUUUAAUGCAUGACAGAUUCUUCCAAAUCCACCCCAUGUCCAUUUGACCCUGCAUGUUGUGCCUUUUAACAGCAUCACUGCCCAGAGUUGUAUUCACCAAAUGCAGGGCUUGACAGUGCACGCAUUUCACUUGCAUUUAACUGCGAGUUAAAUCAAAGUUGAUGCGUGCAAACUGUAAAUUGCAAUUAGGAGCAUGUGUACACAUGGAAAAGUCAGCCAAACGAGCCAUUACUUUUUUCACACAACAACAAGUGACACAAAAUAAUGUCACUGUGCCGGAACAAUGCUGUUCUGAGUCUCAGUUUCCAGUUUUCGUCCCACGCUUCCUCCUUUUGAACAACAUUGUGUGAACACCGAAUCAGACAUUUAAAAAAAAACAACUUGUAAAGUUUCACUUGUUACUAUCUCCUCAUAUUCCUUUUAUUAGUGUAAAACAUAUAAUUACACACUUUUUCAUUGUACCCAAAAGUUUUUUGUGUUCCUAUGGUGUUCUUUAACUUAGGAGUGCUGGUCCUGGUUGAGGCUCUCGACUACUGAGGACUGUACCAGUGUGAAAUCCUGGGGAUAACGGCUCGCCUUGCUGAGGCCUAAGAAUGGUCUAAGAAUGAAUAAACAUUCUAAGAAUGUUUUUAGUCCUGGUCUGACUGCAGUGUGAAGAGACUUAGGCCUUGAUCACAACAAGACUGGUUGCUUUUGUAAAUUUAAGUUAGGUUUUCGCUUUGAGAUGACCAAGCCAGUGUAAAAAGGAGCCGGCAGGUAGUGUGCCUGCUUUUCUCUGUGUGUAAUGUUAGACUGCGCAUCAGAAUGAAGCAUGUUGGGGCAGAUGUCUCUGUCAGGCCAGCUGCUGUAGACUGUGUGUGGCUCACAUGUCCUGUUGGUACAGUGCUGAGGGCAUUGUCAAGAUGACCUCAGUAUGUGUAGAAAUGUGUCAGAAAAGGAGACCUGCUGUUUCAUCUGCUCAUAGAGUAGUCUAUUUAGCUAUUUGAUAUUGUGCAUAGCCUGCAUUCCUUUGUUGUAAAGAGGGCGGUGUUUAUCACGACACCGAUAUGUACAGUGAGUCAUCUGAAAGCAUUUCACACUUUCUCUCACACUCAUACUGUUAGGUCAUGAUCACCUUUAGGUUUUUGCACCAUAUCAGCAGGUACAUCAUUUAUAACAGACAAUUGUAUCAUCAAUAGAUCACUAGAUAAACUGCAAACUGCGGCUGACUGUAGCUGCAGUUAGUCGUGCAGGUAGUGGUUUGGACUGGGAGCUCAGGGACCAGGGGAGCGUUAGUGUUUACACUACUAGCACAGGAGUGCUGGCCCGUGAUAGGCCCAGACUUGCAGAAAAUCGUUGGGUGUUUAUUGACUGAAACACUCUACAUGGUUACGUGUUGCUACAUUUCCGCUCAACACCCUGACCUCUUCACCCUUACUUUAAACAUCGCUACCAAGGAUGAUUAUGAUGUGAACUCUCACAGCUCAGCUACAGCCUCUGCUGCAUCGAUGGAGCGGCUCCACUGGGUGCAGCAUCGCUGUCGGCAGCUGCUGGCAAGAGACUCAGAGCGAGGCUGGUACUCUACCCCCAAUGGCCUGCCCGCCAAAAGCUCCCAGGAUGCCCACAGCUCCCCGCAGAGAGUCAGUGGGAAGCGGAGAAGGGUGUUUGCCCGCAAUGGGCCCCACCAACAGGAGUAUGAAGCUGUCUCCAAAGGUUACAAGGGGAACGCCAUCCGCACUACCAAGUACAGCUUGUUGACUUUCAUCCCCAUGAACCUGUUCCAGCAGUUCCACAGAUUUUUGACACUUGUGUUGUUCCUGGAGCAUCAUGAUCAAAUAUUGCUUAAGGACACAUCUUCUGUGACAGUUUCAUUUGGAGCAAACCAGGGCUGCCAACCUCUAUUUCCUGUUCCUGGCCUUGCUAAACUGGGUGCCAGUUGUCGAGGCCUUUCAGAAAGAAAUAACCAUGAUUCCUCUGCUGGUGGUUCUCACUGUCAUCGCCAUCAAAGAUGCCCUGGAGGACUACAGGCGCUACUUGUCCGACAAGAAGGUCAACAACAAUGUAGUGCAAGUGUUCUGUGGGAGCGCCUGCGGAAGAAGAGGACAGUAGUAUCUUCCUCCACAGAGGAUGAGGACCUGAGCCAACUCCUCAAGUUGUAUAGUAACAACAAGAUCCGGACCACAAAGUAUUCUGUCCUCUCCUUCCUGCCCAAGAAUCUGUUUGAACAGCUCCAUCGCCUUGCCAAUGUCUAUUUCAUCUUCCUUGCCGCGCUCAACUUUGUCCCUGUGGUGGAGGCAUUUCAGCCAGAGAUCGCUCUGGUGCCUGUCAUACUGGUGCUGUCGGCGACGGCUGUCAAGGAUAUCUGGGAAGACUACCGCAGGUUUAAGUCAGAUCGCUUGAUCAACAGGCUUCUCUGCCAUGUUUACAGCAGCAAGCAGAAGGCCUACAUCGACAAGUGCUGGAAGGACGUGCGAGUCGGAGACUUCAUCCGUCUGUCCUGCAAUGAAAUCAUCCCUGCUGACAUGCUGUUGCUGUAUUCAUCUGACCCUCGUGGGGUUUGUUAUAUUGAGACCGCCAACCUGGACGGAGAGACCAACCUGAAACAAAGACAGGUGGUUUUGGACCUUCCAUUUCAGGGAGGAGAGAUAACCCUUGAGGACUUUCACAGUCGUAUCGAGUGUGAGAACCCCAACAAUGAUCUCAGCAGGUUCAGAGGUUACAUGGAGCACCCCAAUGGGGUUCGUGUUGGCCUCCACAACAGCAACCUCCUGCUUAGGAGCUGCACCAUCCGCAACACUGAGACUGUAGUGGGCAUCGUAGUCUACGCUGGUCACGAGACUAAAGCCAUGAUGAACAACAGUGGGCCGAGGUACAAGCGGAGCCAGCUGGAGAAGCGUCUGAACACAGACGUGCUGUGGUGUGUGCUGCUGCUCAUCAUCAUGUGUCUGACUGGUGCUGUAGGUCACGGCCUCUGGGUGAAGAACCUCAAGAACCCGAUCUUUGAGACCGAUACAGAGACGUCUCCCGCCCUUGCUGGAUUCUAUGUCUUCUGGACUAUGAUCAUUGUGCUGCAGGUGCUGAUCCCCAUUUCCCUCUACGUGUCCAUUGAGAUUGUGAAGCUGGGCCAGAUCUACUUCAUCCACAACGACUUGGCCCUGUAUAACGAGCAGCUGGACUCCAGGAUCCAAUGCCGGGCUCUAAACAUCACUGAGGACCUGGGUCAAAUCCAGUAUCUGUUCUCUGAUAAGACGGGAACUCUGACAGAGAACAAGAUGGUGUUCCGCCGUUGCAGUAUAUAUGGGGUGGAAUAUCCUCAUAAAGAAAAUGCUCAGAGGCUGGAGGUGUACGAGGCGGAGGAGAAUGAGGCGGCCGGUCGCUCUGUGACUCUCAAAUCGGGCUGCAGCCGUAAAUCUCUGAGCUGUCGCUCCCUCAGCUGCAACCGCAGCUCCGUGUCUCUACACACACUCACCGCCGAGUCAGAGGAAGAGGACAGACUGUCCAAUCACAUCCAGUCCAGGACCAGCGCCUUCUGCAGCCGCGUGGCGAGGGAGGUGGUGCCAGACCCCGAGCUGGUGAGGAAGCUGAGCUGGCUUUGUUCUCCCGCGCAGCCUCUGAGUGACGGUUCCUCUGGGACUCCAUGCAGCCUGGAGCUCACCUACAUCACCGACUUCUUCCUCGCCCUGGCCAUCUGUAACAGCGUGGUGGUGUCGUCACCCAGCCAGCCGCGACAUGUUGUGCCUGAAGCACGAACACCUCUCAAGUCCCUGGAGGAGAUCAAGCUGAUGUUCCAGCGCUUCAGCUUCUCUCCUUUCUCCGCCCUCUCCACCCCUCAGAUCCGAGGCAGCUUCACCAGCAGGCUGUUUUCUCGAGGGAAGACUGGCUCCUUCACUUUCUCCACUCCCCCCAACAGCACCACAGACGGGUCAGAAACAGGCCAAGAAAACAACCUGGAAUCCUCCAACCUGAGGCGUAAACUGGACUUAUCGUCCAGAGAGGACGGAGGAGGUGCUGGACAGACAGAGACAGAGGAUGGUAUUGAUGAUGCAAGGAUAGACCCAGACGGGUUCGGGCAGAAGGUGGAGGACCUGAGCAAAGAAGAUGACUGUGAAAGCGACACUGAUGAUGAGCUGCUGUAUGAGGCGGAGAGUCCGGACGAGGCGGCUCUGGUGCAUGCAGCACAGGCGUACCGCUGCACCCUGAGGGGACGCUCUCCAGAGAGCCUGCUGGUGGAUCUGCCAGGAAUCGGCUCUCUGGCUGUCCAGCUGCUCCACAUCCUGCCCUUUGACUCCAACAGGAAGAGGAUGUCAGUGGUGGUGCGCCACCCGCUCUCUGGGCAGUUAGUGGUUUACACCAAGGGAGCCGACUCUGUCAUCAUGGACUUAACUGAGACAUCUAAAGGUGCAGAGCAGGCUCAGGAGAUCUACUCUCAUGUCAGAGAACAAACACAGAAACAUUUAGACAGCUAUGCCAGAGAAGGACUCCGUACACUCUGCAUCGCUAAAAAGGUUCUGGAGGAGGAGGAGUACGAGGUAUGGCUGAAGAGACACCUGCUGGCGGAGAGCAGCAUAGAGAACAGAGAGGAGCUGCUGAUGGACUCAGCCGAGAGACUGGAGACCAACCUCACCCUGCUGGGUACCACAGGGAUUUUAGACAGACUGCAGGAGGAGGUCCCGGAGACCAUUGAGGCUCUGCAGAGGGCUGGGAUCAAAGUGUGGGUCCUCACUGGAGACAAGAAGGAGACCGCCAUCAACAUUGCCUACGCCUGCAAACUCCUCCGUCCUGACGACGAGCUGCUGACAGUCAGCUGUGGAAGCAAGGAUGCGUGCGCAGUUUUACUUCAGGAGCUAAAACUGGAAGUGCAGCACGGUGGAGACCGCCUGAUGGAACCGUCUGCGGUGGAGAGCCGUUCGGAGUCUUCCUUGAGCAGCCCGGCCGACUUCAUUUUGGUCAUAGAUGGCUGCACGCUGGAGUGGGCCCUGCAGGAGGAGCUGAAGAGCGAUUUCCUGGAGCUGAGCUGCAGGUGCAAGGCUGUGAUCUGCUGCAGGUCUACCCCGCUGCAGAAGAGCCAGGUGGUCCGGCUGGUCCGGGACCAGCUUGGUGCUAUGACCCUGGCUGUGGGUGAUGGAGCCAACGAUGUGAGCAUGAUUCAAGUGGCCGAUGUGGGAAUCGGGAUAUCUGGUCAGGAGGGAAUGCAGGCUGUCAUGUCCAGCGACUUUGCCAUCUCCAGGUUUAAACACCUCAGUAAGCUGCUGCUGGUCCACGGCCGCUGGUGCUACUCUCGCCUCGCCAACAUGAUCCUCUACUUCUUCUACAAGAAUGUGAUGUAUGUGAAUCUGCUGUUCUGGUAUCAGUUCUUCUGUGGUUUCUCGGGGGGCCUCAUGUCCAACUCCUGGGUGCUCAUCCUCUUCAACCUGCUCUUCACGUCUGUCCCUCCUAUCAUCUACGGUGUCCUGGACCGGGACAUACCUGCAGACACUCUGAUGGAGCUGCCUGAGCUCUACCGGGCUGCACAGACCUCCAAGAUUUAUGUUCCCUCCAUGUUCUGGAUCAAUAUCCUGGAUGCGUUUUACCAAAGCCUUGUCUGCUUCUUCGUGCCUUAUUUUGCGCUGGCAGGAUCAGACGUUGGGGAUCUGUCCUUUGGCUCUCCAAUCAAUGCCUCAGCUCUCCUGAUCAUCCUGCUGCACCAAGUCAUCGAGAGUCACACUCUGACGUGGAUUCAUGUGCUGGUGUUGGCGUUCAGUGCCGCCUCCUACUUUGGCUUUGUGCUGCUCUUCAGUUUGUUCUGCGUGACCUGCAGCCCUCCCACCAACCCUCUGGGGGUGGAGACUCUCCAGAUGUCCCAGCCUCUCUUCUACAUCAUAUGCACUCUCACUACUGUGAUGGCCCUGUUACCAAGGCUGUUGGUCCGAGCCCUGCACGACACCUUGAACCCAGCCACCGCUCUGAGAACGGCUCAGAUGGACAAAGUUGAUUCAGAGAGGUACUGCAAAAGAAUGCGCCGCUGGAACCAGAAUCACUCCAGAGUCAACAGGCUGCCAGUGUCUGCUGACAACCCUGGCCUGGAGCCCAGUACAGACACAGUGGUUUCCUGACCUCCUUCUACAGAAACACACACACAUGCAGAGGCAGAGGGCUGCAGACCAGACAGAGUCGUAUCACUGUAUCACCUGGCAGGGAAAGACCUGGUAGUUCAGAAAUACCGUGGAUGUUGCGAUGCUGGAUUCAGUGCAUGUUACAGAUCGUAUGGAUUCUUUGUACACAUGUUCCACUCACCAGCUGACCAGUCUCUGGCUGUGGACAGUAGUCUUUCAGCAGCAAAGAACUCUUGGAGAGACUGAUUUGCUAUUGAGAAAACUGUUUGACUCGGUUCUGCUUAAGCUGGGCUCACUUUAAAGAGCUCAGAAAUCCUAACCGACUGUGAAAUCAGGUUGCAUUAUGCACAUAAUGAGAAUCUUCACAGAUUUUUUUUAUUUUUUUAAUCUCUAAUCUCAAACCUUCCCAUGCUACAAGACUUGAAAAUAAUGAUUCAUCACAUACUUGAGGAUAUUGAACACCGUGUUUGUGAUGAGCCGGCACACCUUCUCCGCCCUGUCAGUGUCGCGACAGCAUGAGCUAACGCUGCUGGUGAAUGAGGUUGAGAUCGCCUGUUAUCCCUCUCCACUAACCCUCACUCGGUCGUACAACAGCAAGUUAAUAUCAGGCAUGCAUCGAGCCAACUCACUUGAAAGAAAGCUGCAGUGUGGGUGAAGCCAAACACGGAUGGAACAAAACGGGACGGUGCUCUUCUUCCAACACAAAAAAGGCAGGCGGGAACAGGAAGCAGCAAUCUGAUUAUUAUUUCCAGCCAUUUAGAGCCAUAGCAGUUCUGUCUGGAGGUGUCUGGCUCAUGGUCUCGUUUGUGUUUACUGCAAUAUACUAGACUGAUUUUUAAAUUUUUUUUUUUUAGUAGUUCACACUGCUUGAUGAUGAACAAACACGCUGGCAUGCCUACAAGCGCUGGGAUAUGUUUACAGUCUGUGGAUGAAAACGAAUUUGACAGCGAUGUUACGAUGAGCAGCCUGUUUCUGUUCGACCACCAGAGCAGGGCCGAGGGUUAAUCACUGAGCCGCGCCGACAUGACAAUACUACAUUAGAAAUCAAAGAGGCUGAAGCUGAGCUGUUCUGAGUUUGGACUGACACAUUUGCAAAGAUAACUCUUGUGCUGAGCUGCACUAACGAGGAGAAACACGGAUCAGAUCAAAUUAAGGUUUAAAGGAUUUUGCACCCAGGAGCCCCCAGCUGGUUAUACCCUCCACUUCACUGUUCACUUUAUAUACAAAACACUUUGAACACAUGAUCGAACCAAAUGAAAUUGAAAUGUGUUUAGUCCGAUCUAUAUUAGAUUAGAUUACAUCAUUUGACGAAUGUGCAACACUCCCUUCCAAAGGCCUGUUUAAGAUUAAGAUGUUUUAUUAUUUUAUUUUAUUAAAUUAUUUGUACAGGGAACUCCAAAGAUGCUCCUCCACAAGAUUCACUUUGGUUUUUUUUUGUGUUUGUGGUAUAAAAAAUAUUUUAGAAUCCCUCAUUAUCAUUUUCAUAAUCUGAGCAUGCUGUGCAGAGUGAUAAUUGAGCAGGAAGUCGGUCAAUGAACAGAAUUUGGGAUCCUUAUACCAUUUUGCAUCUUCGCAAUAUAACACGUCAUGUGUUUGCCUGUGGCCCAACAUUCAUUUUCAGUUGUGGCCCACUUAGAGGAAAAAAAGUUUGGGCGCCCCAGUUCUUGCACAUCGGGGCCAUGCAAUAGCGCAUUAAAUUAUUAAAACAAUUCCGUUCAUAGCAGACAAAUAAGUUGUGUGUAGUGUUUAUUGUGGAUCUUGGAUUUAAUGACAUUGUGAUUAAUUUUUAAAUAAAUACCAUAAUAGACCCAAUCAUCAUCUGAGAUUAGUGAGGAAAUUAAAAUGAAGGAGGAUGGAACGUGGAUCAACUAAUUCUGUAUGAUUCCUGAGCUCAUUACAUUUGGUCCUUCUUGGUGCAGCCCGGCAGUGAAUGCAAACCUGAGUGCAGUUCGGCCAGUGAAGAAUACUGACAGUCUGAAGUGACCUUUACUGACCUGUGUGGCAGUGACCCGUCUGAUCACACGACAAUGUUCUUUCAGCCUUAACUGGGAUUCAGAUCUCAUCUUUUCUACCGAAGCCUUAACGACUGCAGUGCGGUCGAACAGUCAUGGAUGAGCCUUUUUCAUAUUGUGUUAUGACUGUAAAUCCAACUGUUGUUAUUGCAAUAAACAGAUAGUUGUUCACAUC